CAACGAUUGAUAAAGAGGCCGAAAAGGCACAACAGACGGCAAAAAGAGGCAAAGAGACAAUAAAUUAAUAACUUAUUCAAUAAAAGAACUCAAAGAUUUAAUAAUAUGGCUGCUUACACCGAAGAUCAAUUGGCUGAAUUCCAGGAGGCCUUCAGUCUGUUCGACAACAGAGGCGAUGGAAAGAUUCAGCUGAGCCAGGUCGGGGAAUGCCUGCGAGCAUUGGGCCAGAAUCCCACCGAGUCGGAUGUGAAGAAGUGCACGCAUCAGCUGAAGUCGGAUGAGCGUAUUUCAUUCGAGGUCUUCCUACCUAUUUACCAGGCCAUUUCCAAGGCACGUUCCGGCGACACGGCCGACGAUUUUAUCGAGGGCUUGCGCCACUUCGACAAGGAUGCCAGCGGCUAUAUAUCUUCGGCCGAGCUGCGUCAUCUCUUGACCACGUUGGGCGAAAAAUUGACCGACGAGGAGGUCGAACAGUUGCUGGCCAAUAUGGAGGAUCAGCAGGGUAACAUAAACUAUGAGGAGUUUGUGCGUAUGGUGAUGAACGGUUAAUGGUCAACGGCUCCAAAUACUAACAGCGAACAGCAGAGCCACUGCAAAAAAGACGACAGCAACAACAACACUCACCUGCCAUGCUAGCUAGCCGUUCAUUCCGCAAAUUCCAAUUCCAAUUUUUUUCAAUUAUAACAACGACACGUUUUUUCCUUUUUGUUUUUGUAAGAAAACAGCUCGACAACACCUGUAGCUAAAAUCUAACAAGCCCUUCCGACUUUCUAAACUAAUGUGAAUCACAAUGAAAAUGAUUCAGUGUGUUGGGUUCGGCUCAGUUCAAUGUUCAAAAUGAAUUUUGAACAAAUUAUAGAAUUGUUAGAAGCCCGUCUGUGCAAAUAUGUAAUAUUCCUGAUAAUUAUUCCUGUUAACAACACCACAGAACACUAACUAAUACAGUAAUAUCAAGUCGUUUUUUGAAUAUAUUAAUAACGUUACAUAUGUAUAUGAUGCAGGGUAAUAUCAAAAUUCACGUACAUACAUAUAGCCGCGUCGAUAACUUAUUAUCUAUACAUACAUAUAUCUCUCUAUCUAUCUAAUACCUUUGCGUAUUAUUCUAAAAAAAAAGAACAGUUAUUA